AAAACUGACAAAUCAGCUGUGAUUGGUAGAACGCUUGCUUGACAACCAGGGGCUGGGUAGCAGCGGAAAGAUCGAGCAAGCCGCGACAAGACAAGCAAGGUGGUGAAUAGUGGAUAUUGACAAAGCCCAACGGUAACGUCGUGACAGCGUCUGUCAACACCACAGAGGCAUAUUUGAGCAGCAUAUAUUCAGCUCAUGCAUUUUUAGACAGCCCAUCGUCGCCAUGACAGCGGAGGAGAUCAUCAACGUGAAGGAGGUGGAGAUCAUCAAGGUGAUCCUGGACUUCCUGAACUCCAGGAAGCUGCACAUCAGCAUGCUGGCCCUGGAGAAGGAGAGCGGAGUCAUCAACGGCCUGUACUCUGAUGACAUGCUCUUCCUCAGACAGCUGGUGCUGGACGGCCAGUGGGAUGAGGUGCUGCAGUUCAUCCAGCCCCUGGAGUGCAUGGACAAGUUUGACGGGAAAAGGUUUCGCUACAUCGUUCUGAAGCAGAAGUUUCUGGAAGCGCUCUGUGUGAACAACGCCAUGUCUGCAGAGGAUGAGCCUCAGCAUCUGGAGUUCACCAUGCAGGAGGCAGUGAAGUGUCUUCAUGCUCUGGAGGAGUUCUGUCCCUGUAAAGACGACUACAGCAAGCUGUGUCUGCUCCUCACCCUGCCCCGCCUCACCAACCACGCCGAGUUCAAGGACUGGAACCCGAGCACGGCCAGGGUGCAGUGUUUUGAGGAGGCGUGCUCCAUGGUGGCAGAGUUCAUUCCUGCCGACAGGAAGCUGAGCGAGGCGGGCUUCAGGGCCAGCAGCAACCGGCUGUUCCAGCUGAUGCUGAAGGGCGUGCUGUACGAGUGCUGCGUGGAGUUCUGCCAGAGCAAGGCGACAGGCGAGGAGAUCACGGAGGGGGAGGUCCUCCUAGGGGUGGACAUGCUGUGUGGGAAUGGCUGUGACGACCUGGACCUGUCCCUGCUGUCCUGGAUGCAGAACCUGUCUUCCGGCGUGUUCGCCUGCGCCUUUGAGCAGAAGCAGCUCAACAUCCACGUGGACCGGCUGGCCAAGCCCCUGAAGGCUGGCUACUCUGACCUCCUGACCCCCCUCAUCAGCAAGCUGUCCCCCUACCCGUCCUCUCCGCUGCGCCGGCCCCAGUCUGCAGACACCUACAUGUCUCGCUCCCUCAACCCCGCGCUGGACGGCCUCUCCUGCGGCCUCACGGGCCCCGAGAAGAGGGGGGGGCCGGGGGGGGACGCGGCCGGGGGCAGGGGGGCCGCCUCCCCCAUGUCCCAGUCUUUUGCUAACUUCCAGUACCCCGGGGCGGGGGGGCAGAACCUGAGCAGGAGCCUGGUGAUGGAGAGCUCCAUCUUCGAGGAGUCUCCUGACAGCUCCAGGACAGAAACCCCGGUAGAUAAGAUGAUGGGGUCAGGACCCCCGGUAGAUAAGAUGAUGGGGUCAGGACCCCAGGGGUCAGGACCCCAGAACCUGCGGCCUGCCUCAGCCCCAGGAGAGGACGCCCCUGGUCCUGGAGACAGUAAUGAGCUGCGAGACUCGACCGAGCGGUUCGAGGAGUUCUACCGGCAGAGGCUGCGUUUGCAGCAGCACUUGGAGACCAAGCAGCAGCAGAGAGAGCUGUACCAGCAGAUGCUGCUGGAGGGGGGGGUCCAGCAGGGGGGCCCCGGGGCCCCCGACAUGCAGCACAGCCUCACCGAGAAGUUCCUCAACAAGUCCAUCCAGAAGCUGGAGGAGCUGAACGUGGGCAUGGAGAGUCUGGGGGAGGAGGUGGCGUCUCUAAGCCAGCAGUGCAACGGAGACUCCCUGGAGCCCUCCAGCCUCGCCCCGGAGCAGGGUGGGGGAGGGGGUGGGGGAGGGGGCGGGGGGAGCAGCACCCAGCAGCAACACAGGGCGGGGGGGCGGGGGGUGACCCUGCCAGACGAGUCUCCCAUCAUAUCCCAGAGCGGACAGAAAGACAAGGGUGGCCAGGGAGGACUACCAGACUCUCCAGGCUCCUUAACCCGGAGUAAAGAGGGGGAGCAGCCCAAGGCCCUGUUUGUGUGUGUGAACAACCUGGAGGACACCCAAGCAGUGCGGGCCGUGGCCUUCCACCCCUCAGGGGGGCUGUACGCCGUGGGCUCCAACUCCAAAACACUACGAGUCUGUGCCUACCCUGACACCCUGGACACCAGUGGUUCAGGUAUGACCAGGUCACCGGAGGUGUGUUUCAAGAGGAACAAGCACCACAAGGGCUCCAUUUACUGUGUGGCCUGGAGUCACUGUGGUCAGUUGCUGGCCACCGGCUCCAACGACAAGUACGUCAAGGUGCUGCCCUUCAGCGCCGACACCUGCAACGCCACCGGUCCAGAUCUAGAGUUCAGCAUGCACGAUGGCACGGUCAGGGACCUGGCCUUCCUGGAGGGGCCCGAGAGCGGGGGGGCCAUCCUGGUGAGUGCCGGGGCGGGGGACUGCAACAUCUACACCACCGACUGUCAGAGAGGCCAGGGGCUGCACGCUCUCAGCGGUCACACAGGUCACAUCCUGUCUCUGUACACCUGGGGGGGCUGGAUGAUCGCGUCGGGCUCUCAGGAUAAGACGGUGCGUUUCUGGGACUUGCGUGUGCCCAGCUGUGUGCGGGUGGUGGGGACUGCCUUCCAUGGCUCAGGCAGCCCGGUUGCCUCGGUAGCGGUGGACCCCAGUGGUCGUCUCCUAGCGACAGGGCAGGAGGACAGCGGCUGCAUGCUGUAUGACAUCAGAGGGGGGCGCAUGGUCCAGACGUACCGCCCCCACACCAGCGACGUGCGCUCGGUUCGAUUCUCCCCCGGGGCACGUUACCUACUCACAGGUUCCUACGACACCAAGGUCAUGGUGACCAACCUCCAGGGAGACCUGACUAAGCAGCUUCCUGUGACCGUGGUGGGGGAGCACGGUGACAAGGUGAUCCAGUGUCGGUGGCACCCACAUGACCUGUCCUUCCUGUCCUCCUCCGCAGACCGCACCGUCACACUCUGGACACACAACCCCUGACACACACACACACAACCCCUGACACACACACACAACCCCUGACACACACACACACACACACACAACCCUUAGGGUAUACCCAGACUGACACACGUCCCCAUUGUGCUGACCAGACACUCUGAACAUCCCAUCAAGUCCUCCAGCUUGACUUUGACAUUUGACAUAUCAUCGUUGAUCGCCCUUCAUUCUCUUCUGUCAGUCCUCUCCUUUAACUAAAUGAUUUCAUCACUUCAUCUCCUUCACCCAACAGACUGACGCCCCAGUGUUGUCACUGUGGAGAUGACUGCAUAUGCAACCUAGCUGCUGUACUGGUGUUUGAUGUCCUGUGGUGUGAACAGCAGUGAGUCCAGACCGUGCGGCCCCCCUAGCACAGUGUACAGGUCAUGAUGGUGCCUUGAGUUCAUCACAUUCUCUCCACUCUGGAGGUCAAAGGUCGGGCGAUCCUGCUAAACAGGAAGUGACCACAGUUUAUAGACUGCCUCCAUUGUUUACCAGAUCUCUGGUCUUUGUCGAUGCGCUCGGUUCCGGAGUGUUCAUCACAUUCCGGAAUUUUCCCUCGGAGUGUUCAUCACGUUCCGGAAUUUAACUUAAAUAGAAAAGAUCUACAUUCCUUCCCCACUCUGCUUAAGCAAGGUGUGUUAAUUCCAGCCAGCUAUAUGAUAAAGGCUUCUAUAAACACAUCUGGGUCACUAAGCAUCUGAAACACUUCCUGUUUCCUCGUGGAGUUUGGGAGUUUCCUGUCCCGCCCGUUGGUUCUACCAGACAUGAUCAGUCAAGCACAGAUAAGGAUGUGAAGCAUAUUGUUGGGACCCAGAUUGAAUAGUGAACUGAUCAGUUAGCUACUACCUACCUGUCUGGUGGGUGCUUCACAUGUGGCUGUUACUGUGCAUCGCUGGACCCCUGCAGUGUAAAUACUACUCAAAGGAAAAGUGGACAUUUGCUAGUGAGUUUCAUUAAAAAAUGUAAAAUCAGUGUUUUGCUAGGGCAGCUGUAAUGGCGUCAUUCUAAGGCUUGCAAUCUACGACAGACAGUAGGGAAUUAUUCUAAAAUAAAAGGUCUUUAUUUUGGGCACCGCUAUGUUCUGUUAGGAACUUUUAGUAUUCACCGUUGAGGUUUUUAUUUAGCAGUUCAAUGCAACGUUACAGGUUUAUUUUUCCGUACAGUAGAUGGCAGUGUUUGGCCAUACUAACGGGGCGUCUCCCUAACGCACUAUUAACUUAUAGACAAGCACGGCGUUGUUUCAGAAUAUUGUUAUUAAUUUAUAUUUGGGAUAGUUUGUGUUGUAGCGUAUCUUUUACAUGUUUUACGUUGACUCCUUCUUGGUUUCGUUUCGCCAGACAAGCUUGAGUUUUUAAUACUUUGUAACCGUUACGUCUGUACAGAUGUUAAAUUUUUUAACUAAAAAGGCCAAAACGUACAUAUAGAUGUAUUUAUUUUAUCGCUCAUUUUUAACGUAUGUACAGUCAAUGGGUUUCUGUUAAUAUAUAUUAUAAUGGCUCCUGUAUUUUGCUUUUCUAAACCUCGUUUUAAAAAGUGACUUCUCGUUAAUGAAUAUAGAGCUUGUUGAGGAGUGGCUGCCGCGGUGGUGUUGAAAUAAAAGACUUUCACUUCAGAUGUACGUGUUAUUGUUUUGACGUUUACCAGAUUACAGUUGGCGGGAGAAAGGGGCAGAAAAUGGCCUGAGCCACAUGGAUUUGAACCCAAUCUCUUGCGUUUGGCAUUAGCCUCAAUAGUAUGCGCAAUAGUACACACAAACGACCAAACCAGGCCUUUCCGUACUAAAUAGAUGAGGUUUUAUUCCUCCAGUCUCAUUUUGAAAACAGCAAAACUGUAGAUAAACCACAACAUAACAGAACUGUACAUGGACGAAUUCAUACAAUUUCUGUAUUAUUAUUUUACCCAAAUUACAAAUUCCCGCCCCAACCCCUGGACUCCCCCUGGACUCCCCCUGGUAGAUAGUUCUGUUCUGAGUCCCCCUAACCCCUGGACUCCCCAAUCUAACACCUGACAAACAUACACAGCUGACAAAAAAAAAGAUCAUGUAUCCAUGGAGAUGCUGUACCUGUGUCGUAUCUAACCCCUGGUUAGUAAGAAUUAAUGUUUCCCCAAACCUGACCAGGUGGACCACAGCACACCUGACCAUCAACCACAACCUGAAUCACUACAACUCAGGUAAACACCAUCCCUACUGCAGUCUGGUAUCUAAGGAUACAUUUGGGUUGGUAGGGGGUAGUGAUAGUGAAAUUAUACGGAGUACAUCAUUAUUUAAAACAAGAA